AUGAAACAUUUUCUUGCUUCUCUGUUUCUACUGGGAACGUUUCUACAUGCCUUGGCUCAAUGCACCGUCCCAGCCUCAGAGUUCAAGCUGGAAGGAGAUUAUCUGAUAGGUGGACUUUUUGAUAUUCAUCAUGUCGAUGCCCCUGUUUAUCAUGACAGACCAGAAGCCAUCGACUGCUCCAGUCAACCCUUACUUCUCCAAAAUUAUCGAAGGUUUCAGUUGAUGAGAUUCUCUGUGGAGGAAAUCAAUAACUCUACCAACCUCCUGCCGAAUGUAUCUCUCGGCUAUGAGAUAUUUGAUCACUGCUCAGACACACAGAAUUUUCCAGAUAUUUUCAAACUCCUCUCAAUCAACGGCUUGAUCCACCCUUGGGGUGAACCACACGAGCAACACACACAUACGUCUAAUGUGUCCAAAAUGAUAGCAGUGGUCGGCCCUUAUUCAAGCACUCAGUCCCUGACCGUAGCCCCACUGCUCAUGAUGGAUCUCAUUCCUAUGGUCAGUUAUGGAUCUUCUAGUUCUGUCUUUUCAAAAAAGCUAUAUUUUCCCUCUUUCCUAAGAACACUACAUCCCAAUAAAGAUGCCAUAGACAUGAUUGUUAACAUUGUGCAGCACUUCAACUGGCGCUGGGUUGCUUUUCUUAACAGUGAUGAUGAUUAUGGCAUUAAUGGACUGGAAUUGUUCAUGAAGAGGAUUAUGGACACUGAGAUCUGCCUGGCGUACACCAAAGGCCUCUAUCAAUAUAUGGAUCACUCCCAUAUAUUCAAACAGAUACAGGCCCAGAGGAUAGGUAUCAUUAUUGUUUUUGCUCCAAAAAUGACUGUUGAAGCUCUCAUUGAGUCAGCAAUAAAACUAAAUGUCACCAACAAAGUGUGGAUAGCAGAUGAGGAAUGGUCUUUAAACAAGAAGCUCCCCAAGAUGAAAGGAAUCAGAAAUAUUGGAACUGUACUUGGAGUGUCUCAGCAAGUAAUGACAAUACCUGGUUUCAGUGACUUUAUCUAUUCUACCAAAAGCCAGACUCAUUGUGAAACUGUAGAACAAAAUGGGUUUUGUAAUCAGGUUUGCAACUGCAGCAGCCUGCCUGCAGAAGAUGUCAUCUCUGCAGAUCCAUCAUUCUCUUUUCCUGUUUAUUCUGCUGUGUACGCCAUCGCUCACGCCUUACACAAUGCCUUGCAAUGUGGAGAUGAUAAAUGUAAUGGCAAUAUUACAGUGUACCCAUAUAUGGUUCUAGCAGAGCUGAAGAAGUCAAACUUUACACUUUUAAAUCAAAGUAUUCAAUUCAAUGAGCAUGGUGAUCCCACCUUCGGAUCCUAUUCUAUAGUUUUCUGGAACCACAGUGGUGAUGCAGAGGAGAUCGGCUUUUAUGAAUUUCACCAAUCAGUCAAUUUCUUCAUCAACACCACCAAAAUUCAGUGGUACACAAAGGGAGAAGUGCCUACUUCACUGUGUUCCCCAGAAUGUGAUGCAGGAUUUGCAAAAAAGCCAGAUGGAAUCCACAGAUGCUGCUUCGAUUGUGAAAUCUGUCCGAAUGGAACUUAUAUCAACAGCAAAGAGGACCCCUACAGGUGCAUCAGUUGUAAGGAGACAGAAUGGUCUCCAGCAGGAAGUACAUCAUGCAGUCUGCGGGUGGUGGAGUACGUCCCAUUCACAGACAGCGGGGCUAUCCUGAUCAUGGUCGGAGCCUGGGCCUUGGUGGGCCUCACACUGGCUGUGUCUGUUCUCUUUGCCAUCAACUACAACACACCUGUUGUCAGAUCUGCUGGCGGACCAAUGUGCUUCCUAAUUUUAGGCUGCCUCAGUCUGUGUAGUCUCAGUGUUUUCUUUUACUUUGGUAUGCCAACAAUCUCCUUUUGUAUUUUAAGGUUCUUACCAUUUCUCUUGUUCUACACCGUUUGUCUAGCAUGUUUUGUUGUGCGCUCUUUUCAAAUUGUUUGCAUUUUCAAAAUGGCCGCAAAGUUCCCCAAACUCCACAGUUGGUGGAUUAAAUAUCACGGACAAUGGCUGGUCAUUACUGUGGCAUUUGUUAUUCAGGCACUCUUACUUCUUAUUGGCUAUACUUAUGACCCUCCCAAGCCCUACAAUGAAACAUUUUGGUACCCAGACAAAAUCAUACUUGGUUGCGACAUUAAUCUCAAAGCAUCCUCUGCUCCUGUGGGUUUACUUUUAUCGUUGUGCUCCCUUUGCUUUAUUUUCUCCUACAUGGGGAAAGACCUCCCUAAAAAUUACAAUGAGGCCAAAGCAAUAACCUUCUGCCUGCUCCUGCUGAUCCUCAACUGGAUCAUCUUUGCCACCGAAUACCUACUUUACCAUGGCAAGUACAUCCAAACUCUUAACGCUCUGGCAGUACUCUUCAGUCUGUACUCCUUUCUUUUGUUUUAUUUCCUACCCAAAUGCUACAUCAUCAUUGUUCAACCCCACAGAAACACGCAGGAGUACUUCCAAGGUCUCAUUCAGAAUUAUACCAAAACAAUCAGCCAGUAGCUGCUUCCAGUAAAUGUGUGUCUCUACAGACAGAAAAACUGAUGUUUGUUGUUUUUCUUCCAUGCUCGUUUUGAUUUAUUUACGUAGUUUGUUCAUUUUUGAGAACUAUAUCAAUAAGUCCUUGAAAUUAGUUGAAAGUUACAGUUAGAGACAUUGUGGCAAGAGGUAAUUUCAGAGAUUGUUGGUAACAUGCUUUUGCUAAAGAUUCUGAGUAGUAGCCUUUAUGUAUAUGGCUGAUGCCUUUAAUAAGUAAUGGGGUAUGCUGCCCUCCUCUGAUUAUAAUACGUAAGAUUUGAAGAUACUCAACUGUGCAGGUCACAUUGAAGGAAUAAUUCAACGUUUUGGGAAAUAUGCUCACUGGUUUCUUGCAUAGGUGAGAAGAUUGUUUCCACUCUUGACCAGCGGUAUCAAUCUUCUCGUCUAACUCACAGAAAGAAAGUGAAUAAAUAUAUUCCCUAAAAUGCAGAACUUUUGGAUAGUAAGUGACGUGGUUUCCUUUUAAGUUAUUUAUCCAAUUAUUUAGCUAAAUUAGCAAGCAAAUUACACAUUAAGUUGUAUGAGUUGUUGUGCGCUCACUUAUUUCAAAACCUAAACUUAUACAAUACUGAACUACUCAUCAGCUCAUGAACACUACCAAGUCAGAAAUGUACAGGAGAAAGAGCUCUUGAAUCUUCUUAAAUGACCAAUACAACAGAAUAUGUGCUUGUAAUGUUGUUGGCAUAUGGAUUAAAACAUAACAUAUUAAAUGUGCUCAUUCAUAUUAAGACAACAAGUGUGGAUUGAAGUAGAAUACUUUGUUAGAUGAUAAAAACAUGUUGUGAAUUUUGGAAAUGAUGGCAUUUAAUGUUUUUUUUCAAUAAAGUUUGACUUUUGGACUUUACAACGCUCUGCAGUUAUUGGAAAUAUUUGGAUCACAUGAGUCGGAAACAAUUCUACGCACCCACUGGAAGCUAAUU